AUGAAACUUCGUGGCGUGUUUCGAGCGACCAAACUGCCAGCUGGACAGAAUACCAUUGGUACCAAGUGGCUAUUCAAGAUCAAACGGAAAUCUGAUGGAUCCAUCGAGAAAUACAAGGCGCGUCUCGUGGCAAAAGGGUUCAAGCAGAAAUAUGGCAUCGACUACACGGAAACGUUUUCGCCGGUAGUCAAGUACGUGACGCUGCGCAUGGUGGUUGCAAUCACGAAGUACUUUGGCUGGACACUGGACCUACUGGACGUGGUGACAGCUUUCCUUUACGGAGAAAUGAAGGAAAAGGUAUUCUGCGCGAUCCCAGAAGGGGUCGAAGUUGAUGAAGACUUUGACUGCUUUGAACUGGUCAAGGCGACCUACGGACUAAAACAAGCAUCGCGCGCAUGGAACGAGACUUUUCAUGAGUUCGUCUGCUCCAUUGGAUUUUAA